AUGUACCGAAUACAAGAAGCUAUCAAGCAAGAAGUCCAUCACAGUAAGCUGGGUCCUGAUUACAAGAUCAUUCUGGUCAAUGCCACACAGUGGCAGUACUACGGCACUCCUGACGUCAGCGGGGAUCUAAAGAUGACCUGGAUCCCAUCCCUAAUAAAGGCAGAGAGAGUCAACAUUGAGCUGUGGGGUUACAAUGAGACCGGAGAGGCGUAUUCUCUGAACUGGGAGGCGAAGUGGAAGUAUCUGUACACUGUGGACAGGGAUGUACCCAACAGUGGAGUUUUCAGUUUCACCCCACAGAUUGCCGAAAAACCAUACUUCCUUUGGGACCUAGGGAUCAUACGGGUCAGCCCGAGCACUAAACCAGAUGGAGCCCAGAAUGUUAACACGCUGUGGAGUGAAGAGCAUGCGAUCGCCUGGCAUCUUGAGGAGGCCUUCAGGAAGGACUCUGCAGGCUGGGAACUGGAGAAGUGCAUUAAUUGGGAUAAAGAAGAGAAAGCAAUGCCCAACUUUCUGACUGAGAUCACCGAUUGCCCUUGCACACUGGCCCAGGCCCGUGCUGACACCGGGAGAUUUCAUAAUGAUUAUGGCUGUGAUAUCGAGGCAGGUAGUAUCUGUGUUUACCAUCCAGGUGCAGUUCACUGCGUCAGAGCCAUUCAGGGCAGGUGAUGCGUCAAGUCACCUUUACUUCUCUAUA